AAUGGGAGGAGCCUGGUGCGCAAUGGCGGAGAGAGUCUUAAGACUGAGCCGAGGCGUCUUGUGAGAAGGCGCUGUCGUCCAAUGGCGUGGCUCUGGGGGCGGGGUCGCGGGGGCGUCUCAGCCAACCGGCGUCGUCGGAUUCCUUGAGGAGAACCGAGGCCAAGAUGGCGGCGUCUGCUGAGGCGCCGGCGGGGAAGCGCUGCCAGCGCCUGGAUCCGUCCUUGGCGCGGUCGGUGCUCUCUUCGGCGGAGGCGCUGCUCUUCGACUGCGACGGCGUCUUGUGGCGCGGCGAGGCGGCGGUUCCCGGGGCGGCGGAGGCCCUUCGGCUCUUGGAGUCCGGCUCCGGGAGCCAUCGCCGCCGGCUCCUUUGCUACGUGACGAACAACUCCUCGCGGACGCGGGAGGCCUACGUCGAGAAGCUGCGUCGCCUGGGCUUCCCUCCAGCGGAGCCCCGGCAGGUCUUCGGCUCGGCCUUCUGCGCCGCCCGCUUCCUCCGCCGCGCCCUCGACGGCGAAGCCGAUGCCGCCUCGGUUUACGUCUUGGGCGGCGCGGCCCUGAGCAAGGAGCUGGAGUCCGCCGGAGUGCGCCACUCGGGCUGCGGCCCUUCCCCGGCCCCGGACUCCGAGCUCUUCGGCGCCAGGGCCCCGCUCGAGCCCUCCGUCCGCGCCGUCCUGGUCGGGUACGACGAGCACUUCAGCUACGGGAAGCUGUGCCUCGCCCUGCGGUACCUCCUCCGGGAGGAAAGGUGCCUCUUGGUCGGAACGAACAGGGACCACAGGCUGCCCCUCGAGGGAGGAAGCGCCGUCCCGGGUACGAAGGAG